CGUCCUUUGUCCCACCGCCUGCCAUCGGAGAACGCUUAAUACUCAACGCAUCGUGGUCGCUGUUGGCUCGAUGGCACCUCCGAAGUGAACGGCGGAAAGGAACACGACUGACUUGUCUUUGACAGUUCCAUUCUAGUUCCGUUCCUUCAAUGCUGCCAUGUCGUAAUGCCCACCCAACACUGAUCUUCGCGGACGCUUCUCAGGCCACGGAAGCCACCUUGCAUCAGCGACACGGCUUCCCCGCGACGCCGUCCGCAAACACAGAGCAAGCACGAACCUCCACGAGCGCAGAAACCCAGAGGACACUUCGAACCACACACAGGCGUCGACUGAUGGCCCUACGCCCGCUGGCGAUCGCCUCUUCCGCGAACAUGCUUCUCUACCACCGAUCCCGUUCACCAUCAGCGCCCGUGCAGCCGUCGCUUCGCGCCAGGCCCACCCGCACGCUCCGCUACGCCUGCGAAGCACGAUCUCCCUGGCCCGGUUGCCUAUUCGGGAGGCGAGUACGCCGACGCGGGCUCUGGGUCCGCCCGAUUUGGGGUUGUUCGCCCUCGGCGCAUCAUGAUCUUGCGCACGCGACAGCGAUGGCAUCAUGUCUGUCGCGGUGUUCGUGCUACUCAACAUACUGGCUUCCCUGCGCUAAGUUCUGUUCUGUGGUAUGGGGACGGCGAAGAUGCGAGAGGCGAUCUCCUUGUGGAGAGCUAGCGUCCGCACCGGUGGACCGACUUCGCGUAGUCGUGUGCCCAAAUGAUAGCGUAUUCUCAAAGUUUUCCACGGGUCAUCUGUGCGUCGUCUACGUAAUGCGCUACCUGUCCUCGCAGGCGAUCGGUGCAAAUGGGGAAAGCCUGCGUUAGUGAUCUGUGACGAAGUGGGCAGCCCCACCGGGUGGCUGCAAUUGCCAGUGCGCACAGGUUCCGAAUUCGUGCUGUACUCGUCGUGUUCUCCGCGGACGAAGCAGAGCUCGCGUCGCAGAGCCCCGUCGCGAGCCCACCCCAGUCGGCGGCGAACGACGAGAGAGCACAGAACUCGCAGUGCGCACUCCGGCUGUGGAAUGAGAACCCGACACCUGCCGGACGUGCCAUUCCAAAUGCACACAAGUCGUCGUGGUCAUGCUGCAACCUCCGCCGUUGUGCCGAGUGCGCGACUC